AUGAAAGAAGGUUUAUCUUAUGCGGAAGAGCUUAGUGGUGGGAUGGACUUCGAAGACGGUGGAUUUGCAGCGGAAGCACUGCUGGAAUACCCCACUGAGAGUGUCGCAGCAUCUACCUCCAAAACGAUCUUCAACACACCAUCAGUCAAACACACCGACCCUGGUUCAUCGGGAAGAACGAGCUGCUCUUGCUUCACUCCUAGUAAGAUGCAGUCGGAAUCUGACAGUGAAACGGCGGUUGAACUGCAAGAUACUGAUCCAGCUUUGCUGGACAGAUUCUAUGUCGUCCAAGGCAAAAAGCUCCUGGAGCUUUUUAAUCUUAGCAGAUGCGGAUGCCGAAACGAUGGUGAAAGCGGUGUCGUGCGCCUUACCCAACAUUCUUCCGGGGCCAUCCCGCUCAUCGAGUAUGUAACGAAAGGGCCAAAUGCGCAGAUUAGGAAGUGGGAGGGACGAGACAAUCUGGAGACCGAUGAAGAAGAGAAAUUGUAUGCCGGCACCAUUCUGGCAAAUUCAGCAGCCUCUGAAAAGGACCACCUAGUUUCUAUAUUUGAAACUGUAGGUAGGGAUGUUAAAAGGGAAGAAACUCACGGCUUGAUCUAG